AGUUGCGCGACAGUCGUGUGCGAAAGGGAGGAGAUCCCACCGGGAAAACAAGAUGGCUGUCACCAGUUAGUGAAAUAUUUAUUCCUCUCCCCACGAAAAUUCAAUAAAACAAAACAACCCAAUUAUCAUCAGGUGUUUGAACAAACGUUGGAAACGUGCUGUGCCUAACCCAUCAAGUGUUCUCGACGCCUCCAACAAUUGAGGCGUCCCAUUAGCCCUCAGUGUUAAAACAAACGGGAUCAAACACCCAGUGGCUGAAUUUAAGAGCAAAAAAAACCUAUUUUUGUGUUUUCUUUAUUAUGGAUUAUGAUAGCGCGUCACUGCCCUGCAGCGUGAAAGUGCCUAAGUGGUAAAAAAUAAUUCACUCAAAUUAACCUUGUACAUGUGGUGUUGUGGUGCAGCUACCCCCCUAUUUUGUGUACAUAAAAUGAUAAGUGAAUAGUGUGACAAAGCUGUAGUAGUGUAGCACCACAAGAGCGAGAUAACCGAAACUACUGGUGGCUUCUCCAAGUCUAGAUGAGAGGGUCCACGAACAAUCAGUCGAUGCCGAGGUGAAAAAGGGCGAUAAAGGUGUGGCGGGAUUAAGGAAGAGGGAUGAAUGGAACGACAACACCGUUGCGCCGGGCCGUCGGUGCUGGUAAUGUUGGACAAGAACCACUGCCCGUUGCAACUCUAGUUGUCUACAAAGAUGAUGCCGGUUAUGGAAUGAAGGUAUCUGGCGAUAAUCCUGUCUACGUCCAGUCCGUUAAAGAGGGUGGUGCUGCUGCUAGGGCUGGUCUCGUUGCCGGCGAUAGAAUACUCAAGGUGAAUGGAGUCAACGUUAUGCAGUCAGUGCACACGGACGUCGUUGAGUUGAUAAAGUCAUCGACGCAGGUGGUUCUGACGGUACAGCCAGACCCAGUUCUAGCGACAUUGACAAAUCAUCCAGUAAGAUCCACUGGAAUACACGAGGGACAACCGAGGCCAACUAGCCUGACACCAUCUGGAUCAAUGGUGUCACCUUCGCAAUCAGCUACUUCCUUGCAUCGCGCAGCCACCGCUCCCGCUGGUGGUGCUCCAUGCUCCACUCGUAUCACUGGACCUCAGCCUGUUGAUCAUGAGAAAAAGAGACAAAUGGACGCUCAAAGGGUCAACACAUUCCAACUAAUGUUGGAGAAGGAACAGAGCUACGUGGACAAACUCCGAAGCGACUUGGCAAAGGCUGGAGUGAAUUCUGGAAAUGCUUCGAACAUUAUAAACCUCCAGUCAGAGUUGGCUGGGGCUGAGCGUAGAGUUCGAAAGCUGCAGGAGGAAUUGAUAGCAAUGGCGCCCAAUGAUCAGCCUUGCUCGUUGGUAACAAAUGCUUCGUCUCCCUCUGGGCACUAUCCAGGCACAGUAGCUGGUGGUGUCACUGGGCAACCCAGUGAUGUACCACCACCACUGCCAUCACGUAAAUCCCUGCCUAUCCAAUGUCUUUCCCCACCUCCAUUACCUCCACGACCCCCAUCCACAUCAAAUACACAUAAUAUUAUGCAAUCUGGAACGUUAGAGACGGAGCGAUAUCUGAUGACUCAUUUAACGGCCCCAACCACCAGUUACAGCAUCCCUAACUCUUUCUCUCAGGAUGCCCGCAUGAGCUCGCCAACCGGCCUGAGCAAGCACCAGCGAACGAAAUCAUCGCCAGAGCAAUUGGGCACCUCGAUAUCCCCAUCGGAAGCAAGUAGAAGAUUGAUAGCUUCAGAAUCAAUGAAUGAUCUCUCUCCAUUCCGUCACACACGUCACAGUGGCAUCGAUGUGGACGACCCAAUCCGCAUAACCCCCCCAGGCACUCCACCACCACCAUACCCACAGCCCCAUCAGAAUGCAGAUCUCCUCUCAUCAACACUGAACGACAGCAGUGUCAACGAGAGCUUCCCAGCAGCUUCGCCCCCACGUCAAUCUAGCACAGACAGCCCUGGACUUCCCACAAUUCAACAGCCCAUAAUGUCCAUGGAGGACGACGACAUGAGUGAUCAGGAGGUUGGACAACUUGAGGAUCAUGGACCCUUCAAGUCUCUGUCACGCCUCUGGGAGCACCAUGCACACCUUUCGGUCUUCAUAAACUAUGUAUUAUCGAACAGCGAUCCCUCAGGUCUUUUGUUCUACCUCGUGACAGAUCUUUACAAAGAGGGCAAUGCCAAGGAGAUGAAGAAAUGGGCCUACGAAAUUCACUCGAGUUUUCUCGUGCCAGGUGCACCACUUCGUCUCAACAAUGUUGAUGAAAAUAUUGCUCGUGAGAUUGAUGAUGUAUUGCUGAAGGAGUCCGACAAGGAGGAAAUACUUCGUAAAAUAUUUUGGAAGGCCAGGGCCAAGGCUAAGGAGGAGUUGAAUGAACAGUUAGCGGAUUUUCAACAGAAACGUACAGCUGGAUUGGGUAUGCUGUUUGGACCCAGUGAUAUUAUACUGGAUGAGAGUGAGUCUGACAAAUCCAAAGAGACCAAAAUCAUCGAAACUUUCCUUCUACCCAAGAUGGAGGGCUAUCUCGAGGAUAUUGAGAAGGAUCAGGGGGAUUUACGUCAAUUCACUACUGCAGCUGGACUUGCAACAAUAUUGACGAAAAUAUUUCAGGUUAGGUGUGUCUCACUUGAUCGUGUACCGAUAUUUGUCGCUAAGGACAAAUCCAAUAUCAAGGCGAGAUUACUUACUGCUAAAAAUCGUAAGAUGACGGUCAGGGGGCAUCAUUUUGCUGCACAUCAAUAUUUUACGGUUACCUAUUGCAAUCAUUGUCAGCUAAUUAUUGGAGGUAUUGGACCCCAAGGGUACCAAUGCACUGAUUGCUCAUUGAGUGUUCAUCGGCCAUGUGUUAGGGUUGUUGAGGAAAAUUGCCCGGGGCCUGUGGUCAGGAAGGAGAGGGCUAAUGAUGCUCUCAGCAAACUCAUGGAGAGAAUUUACAGACCUGAACGGAAACCUCCGUCCUCUCAUCAUUAUCAUCAGAAUCAACUGCAUUUGGUUGAACGUGCUAAGAGAGCGGAAGAGGAAGGCGCAUUGAUAGAUGGUGAAAAUGGGGAACAUCGGGGUGUAGCAAGUGGUAAUACACGCAGCAGUGCAGAGAGAGGACGACUCUUCGGAUUUAACGAUCAUCCUGAUAACAUGGACGACCCCUUCCCCAGAGAGGAUAUCUCAGAAAUGGUGCAGCAGAAUAUCUCCAGCAAGCCAAAGACAUCGAACAUAAACCGAUCCGAAAGUUAUAAAGAGCGAAUUCACAACAAGGAUAACACUUGGGGUUUAUUUCAGCGACAACUGAGGGAGAAACGAAAGACGAGUGAUCCUAAUCUGUCGAAGACCAAUAGGACUGGUUUCAGUGAUUGCGAGGCAUCAGGGGCAUUUCCAGGAAAUUCAGCGGGUAGCUCUUCCAACAGUAGUUUAUCAACGAGGAGCCUCGACAGUCGGAGCACUAGUCUGGAGCAGGUGCACUCAACUGCACCAGGAAACAACAAUACAUCCUCAUGGGACAGUGACGUUGAUGUUGAGCCAGAUCCACCUGAUUGGAGUCAGGGGGUAUCUGAAGAAGCCCUGUCGCGUCUCAGUAAUUCCGAGAAGAAGAGACAAGAAGUUAUUAAUGAGUUAUUCCAUACGGAGAGAUCGCACGUACGUGCAUUGAAAGUUCUCUCCUAUGUCUUCCACAAGCCCCUCCAGGAGCACCAAGUUCUCCCAGUUGAUCAGAUAGACCUUCUCUUCUCGAAUCUCGAUGAAAUGGUGACAAUUCAUUCCCGCUUUAAUCAAGCAAUGAAACGUAAGAAGAAGGAGAAUCCGUGCGUCGGCGACGUUGGCGAUUUGAUCCUGGACAUGUUCGACGGUGAAAACGGCGAGACUUUCGAACAGGCAGCCUCGACCUAUUGUGCAAAGCAACAAGUAGCCCUUGAUAAUUUGCGCGAUCGUCGUCGCAAGGAUCAGAAGCUAAACUCAUUCCUGAGUGACAUUGAAUCAAAUCCCAUGUGUCGUCGUCUGCAGUUGAAGGAUCACAUCGUCACAGGAAUGCUACGACUGACCAAGUACCCACUGCUCUUCGAAAAUCUAGCUAAAUACACACCCGAGACGAAUGAGAGAGAAAGAGCAGCUGUACUACGCGGUCUCGAGAGAAGCAAGGAGAUCCUGAGCCUUGUCAAUCAAGCUGUAAGAGAGGCUGAGGAUUGCCAACGUCUGACAGAAAUUCUCAGGAUGAUCGACAGAUCGGCCUUCGACAAGUUUGAUCACCCAACAGUGCAGGAGUUCAAAAAUCUCGAUAUAACGAAAAGAACUCUGAUCCACGAAGGUCCCCUCCAGUGGCGCAUUGUCAAUCGUCCAAAGCCAGUUGACCUCCAUGUUGUCCUCCUGGACGACACCAUUCUCCUGCUCCACAGGCAAGACGAGAAGUACCUCCUGAAGUUUAUGAACACAAAUCAAGUGAACUCUGUCCUCAGUCCAAUUGUCAAAGUUUCCACAGUUCUUGUUCGCAACAAUGCCGUUGACAAAAAUUCACUCUAUUUGGUGAACACUUCCCAGAAGGGGGCACAGAUAUACGACCUUGUAGCAGCUUCCUCGGCUGAAUGUAAAUUAUGGUGCAAGCACAUAUCAGAGGCUGCUGAUGCUUACAAUAAGGCAAGGAGUCGCGAGGGUCGUAGGCCAUCCUCACCUCAGGCUUCUUUGAACAACAGCAAUGAGGAGGCCCCCGAAGGGAGUCCAGAGAAAGUGGAGAACGACAGUGAUCAGCAAUUGGAAAAGGAUAAGGCUGGCGAUAAGGGGAACGAUGGUGAACAAUAUUUAUUGGGUGAUAAUCGAGACUCUAGUUCUAGUGUAAAUAAUUUGGGGGACUGUGGAAAGGAGUCUGAGGGCUCUGAGGCCAACACUAGUCCUUCAACACCUGGAGAGACACCUGGAGGACCGGAGACUGCUGGAAAUAAUCCUUGUGAGUCAAGUAAUACGGCGAUUGGAGAGACUAUGAGGCUUGUUACCUGCACUCAGUGCUCACUCAUUGAUCCCACUGAAGUGCAUGCCGAGGUGAGACCUAUUCACGUUGCAGAGCCUGUCCUGACGCCCAUCGAGAGACUCAGAAGGAAGGAUCAGGUCAUCAGGGAAGCUCUUAUCGAGAAGCAGGCUCUUGUGGCUGAUAUUCUCAAUAUUCCUAAGGAGGAUUUUGAACAUGUAGCUGACAUGGCUGACAUGGCGUCUGAGCAGAGAGCUCUGGAAAAGGAACCUGCUGAAGUUAUUCUUGUGGCUAUCAAUCAGGCCAAUCAACUCAUUAGUCUCAUUAACAUGGCCCUCGUGGUGACCGAAUCGGAGGCUGUGCUUGCGGCUAAAGGAUCCAGUGGAGCUGCGGGGGGGUGUGGUACUGUCGGAUGUCCGGUGCCUAGAAAUACUGGAGAUUCACUUCAACCGAGUAUUCCUGUUAGUGCUCUCCAACCUGUUUGUCAUUCUCUCAAUAUGCAAUUGUCUCAGCUAUUGGAAAUUGUCAAAGAGAGAGAAGGCGAACGUGAGCGACUGCGAAAGGAAUUGCGUAGAAGUAGAGAACGUCUUCAUGCAUUUGACGUCGAUGCUCAAAAACGCGCACCACCUCAAUCAGACCCAAACACUAGCCAAUCAUCUAUCGAAUCGCCUCCCUGCACAUUAUCGGCAGAGGGUGGACACAACGACUCCGCCAAGGAUGAGUUUGUAGAUGCCAACGAGGAUAGCCUCCAGACAAAAUCAGACGAAACUAAAGACACUGUCAAGACACAAGUGAUGGGCGACUGCGUAGGUUGAUGACUGAAUGUUGGUACAGUCGCGUAUUUAUUAAUCAAAUAUAUCUUGGUGCAUUUUACUAGAGCGUUGAAGCCUGGCUGCUCGCAUCGAAAAAUAGAUAAAUCAGAUAAUCAAACGAGGAUGAAACAUUGGCCAUUGCCAGCUGUUCCAUAAGCUUAAUGUUGUCCAAUAUUUCGCUUUACACUGAAUACAAUUUUUCGAUGAAAAUUCAAUUUUUUAAUAAUGCCUUUACUCAGCGAUUUCGUGUACAUAGGAUUCGAUAUAUUUUUUUUCUGGUAAUACUUUUUUGUCUUGUUUCGAUUUAUGACACAGUAUCCCAUUACGAAUGAUGAACAAUUUAUAUUAAUAUAUUUUCUUUUGUACUAACUGCGUAACACGUAGGUUUUUAAUACGACAGAAUGCAUUAAAAAUACUGGUUUUUUCGAUGUUUUAUUGACAUGUGAAAUGAUGUGAUGCAGCUGAGAAAAUUAUAUUAAGUAUGAACAUGAAUUUUGUACAGGAUAAUCAUUUAAUCAUUGAGUCUUACAAUUUGAGAUGAAACAUUUUUUACACUUGUAAUUUUGCCUUUUUUUUGGGGGGGAUGGGCGAAGGUGGCAGAACUUUUUUCGAGGAUUAAGCAAUGUUUGAUAGCAAUUUUGAUCACACUAUCGCAGCUCUCUGGCUCCAGAGGGUCCUUUCAAAAACCUUUCCCCCAUUUGGGAAUCUCAUAUACAACUGAUAUAAUUGGUAAUUUAACUGCAAUGGGAAAACACUAGGGAGAUAACGAUUAGCGACGAUGGAGUCAACGUUCAUUGAAUCUCUGUCUUCAUUAAUUUACAAUUUAUUAUAUGAAAUUUAGUAAUGAGAUACCAUUAUUAUUAUAUAUACACUGUACAUGUAUAAAAUAUUUAAUAACAUUAUUAUUUACAAUUGUAUACAAA